AUGACUAGGCAAGUGGAUAUGUUGAAAUUUGCUGAUACUUGGAUAUCUGAUAUAUCACCUAUGGCAAGGCUAUUGUUAGAGGAUAACAAAGACCUUGCUAGAAAAUGUACUGUCCUUUGGAAUGCUGAUGUUGGAUUUGAGAUUGGAGAAGGGCUGCAUAAUCAUGUAGUUAAUCUGACUGAUAAGGUUUGCACUUGUAGAGCUUGGCAGUUGAGGGGUAUUCCAUGUCAACAUGUUGUUCUUGCAUACUAUCACAUAAACGAAGAACCUGAACAGGCAGUAGAGCAUUGGUAUAAGAGGGAUACCUUCUUAAAAGCAUACAAGUAUUUCAUCCAGCCUAUGACAAAUAUGAAGAUGUGGCCUGAAACCAACAAUCCUAAGAUAGAGCCUCCCAAACCUAAACUCAUGCCUGGUAGACCUCAGAGGAACAGAAGAAAAGGCAAAGAUGAACCAAAAAAGAAAUAUGGAAAGUUGCCAAGUGUGGAGUGA